CUCUUCUUCUGUCUCUAUUUUAAACCACGUUUGUCAGGAUGGUUAGCAUUUUCUAUUAAACUAAAAUAUAAUCAGCGUUCUGCUAACGAAAAACAUUCAAAUUUUACUUCAUCGAAGCAAAGAGCCAUUCAAGAAAUGGAUUUGUUCACAGUAGACAAUGUUGGUGAAACAGAACUGCUGGAUCUAAAUAUAAACGAAAAGAAUUCUGUGAAAUUUGUGCGGAAAGUUGAUGCAUUGAACGAAGUUGAUAAUAAGAAUGUAGAAGAAGAUAGGGCUGAAGAAGAUGAGGAAGAUGAAGACCUAUCCGACGCAGACUUUGGUGAUUUACCGAGAAACAUCGUCGACAUUUCACAAAUCAUAAAAUUGCCGAAGACCGCACAAAAAACCGAACUCCAAGAGAAUAUGGACAAAUUCUGUGUUUUACUGGAAAGGAUAAUGAGAGCACGGGAAAAUGGCGAGCAAAUUUCAGACGACGAAGAUGAAACCACGUCCCGAAGGAAGGACGCGGAAAAGAAUCUUGAAUGUGUGACUACGGGCAUCGAAAAGAAGAAGUCUGUGGAAAUGCUGACAGAGAAGCAGCGAAUCAAACGGGGGAAGGCAGAACGUUCCAAAACCAAAGGUAAAAAUUGGUUCAAUUUACCCGCCACUGAAGUUACCGACGAGAUUAAAAAUGACCUGGAGGUCAUUCAAAUGCGUUCGGUAUUGGAUCCACAGCAUUUCUACAAGAAGAACGACUUGAAAGUACUGCCGAAAUUCUUCCAAGUGGGAAAGGUGCUACCAUCACCAUUAGACUACUACAAUGAGCGCGAUUCGCGUAAAUCGAAACGAAAAACCUUGGUCGACGAACUGAUGGACGAUGCGGCGUUUCAACGGUUCAAUAAACGGAAGUAUGCCGAAGUGAUGGAAGAAAAGAAAAAGUCCGGGUAUCACAAAGCGAACAAGAAAAUGAAAAAAUUGAAGAAAAAUAAGUCGUGAGGUAAAGUCAGUUUUUGAAAAAUUGGUUUUCCUUUCUUGUAAAUUAAAUAUUUUCCGUUA